AUGGCUGCCGCUGCAAUUGCCACUGCCACUCAUCCGCCGCUCGGCCCGGUUUUCAGCACUACACCCGCCGCCCAGCCACCGCCCGGACAGCCGGACAUUUCCUAUCACCCUGACUGGAACAAGUACCAGGCUCGAGUUGCUCGCCGCACUCAAACUGAAGAACUCCCGAAGAACCUCCCCGAAGGAUUUCCCAAGGAGCUGAAGGGCGAUUUAGUCUGGGAAGGGGAGACCCUCGCUCAGAAUUACACAUGGACUUACGUUUUCUCGGCCGACCAACUGGCGGACAUUGAUAAUGCACUCGCUCAUUUCAAGUCUCUCAACCUCAGCUUUGGCUACAUCACGCAGGAGACUUUCCCUCUCCCAACCCUACAUGCUGAGCUGCGCCGCCUCUCCCGCGAGUUGCAUCAUGGUCACGGCUUCUUCGUUCUUCGUGGCCUAGAUGUCGAUCGCUACACACGCGAGGAGAACGUUAUCAUCUAUGCUGGCAUAUCAUCGCACAUUGGCUCCGUUCGAGGUCGACAGGAUGCUUAUCUGGACGGCAAGCGUGCCGAUGUGGUCAUAGGACAUAUCAAGGAUGUAACGGCUGGGCUCGGAGAGGGCAAAAAGAAGGGUCAGCUUAAAAUCGGUACUCCAGCUUAUACAGCCGACAAGCAGGUCUUCCAUACUGAUUCUGGGGAUAUCGUCUCGCUUUUUGCGCUCUCAACAGCUGCAGAAGGAGGUGCCAGCCGUCUUGCCAGUACGUGGCGUGUUUACAAUCAUCUGGCUGCAACAAGGCCCGACCUUAUCCAUACAUUGAGCGAAGAUUGGGAAGCAGAGCUCGCAGAUGGCAAGACGCCAGACAAGAUACUCCUACAGUACGGCAGACGUUACUAUGUUGGUUUCGGUGACCUUCCGCGGAGCAAUAAUCUACCACCAAUUACCGAAGCUCAGGCCGAGGCGCUUGAUGCCCUUCACUUCCUAGGCGAACGUUUCAGUGUAUCGACCAACUUCGAGAAGGGCGAUAUUCAAUAUGUGAAUAACGUAGCCAUUUUUCACGCGCGAGACGGCUUCACGGAUAAAGACGACAAGCAGUGA